ACCGGUUUUCGUUGAGAUCAGUAGCGAUCUCGCUCCCGCGAACGAAGGGUCAGCCGGUACCGAAUUUUAAUAUUCCAGAGUUUACGAGGCGUAACACUUUCACUGAUAAUUACUAACUACCUCGAGCUACUUUCUCUCAGCCGUUUUAUUAUAUAGAAAAACAGUUAUUUUAGUGUUUUUGAGAAUAUAAAAGAAAUAUUAAAAAUGCUCGUGAGGACUCGUUCCUUGGGGCUGGCGGGCCGAUCAAUAUCCAGGAAACCCGUAAUUGGUAAUAUUUGGAGACAAUGUUUAUCAACGACGAGUCAUAUGGAACCGAAAAGACCGCAAGUUCAUACGGAAAUUCCGGGCCCACAAUCGCGUCAAUUGUUCGACGAGCUGAAUAAAUUGCAGCAAGCGGGUUCUGUUCAACUUUUCGCUGACUAUGAAAAAUCAGCUGGAAAUUACAUCGUCGACGUUGACGGUAACGUUCUGCUCGAUGUUUACAUGCAAAUCUCUUCAAUGCCACUUGGCUACAAUCAUCCUGCAAUGCUCGAAGCUCUCACCAAUCCACGUAAUCUCUCAACGAUGGUAAAUAGGCCAGCGCUUGGGGUAUUUCCUGGUCAGGAUUGGCCCAGCAGACUGAAAAAAAGUCUUCUUCGGCCGGGGGUCAUUCCUCCUGGUCUCAGCUGCGUUACGACGAUGAUGUGUGGCUCGUGCUCGAACGAGAAUGCAUUCAAAAAUAUGUUUCUCUGGUACGCUGAUAAAAAAAGGCACGGUGCUCCAUUCACGCCAGAAGAAAUGGAAACGUGCAUGAUGAAUCAAAGUCCUGGCUCACCCCGCUACUCCAUCCUUUCGUUCAAGGGAGCUUUCCAUGGUCGAACUUUGGGAAGCUUAUCGACGACUCACAGCAAGUAUAUUCACAAGAUCGACGUGCCGGCUUUCGAUUGGCCAAUUGCACCUUUCCCCAUUUACAAAUAUCCUCUUGAGGAAAACGUGAAGGAAAACGAACGAGAGGACGAACGUUGCUUGGCCGAGGUCGAGAGUCUAAUCGUCCAGUACGAUAAAGAAAAAAGGGUUCCUGUAGCCGGAGUUAUCAUCGAGCCGAUUCAAGCCGAAGGCGGUGACAAUCACGCUUCGCCUCAAUUCUUCCAAAAGCUACGAGGCAUUACGAAAAAAGUACUUGAAUUGCAUAGAAUUAUUAGAGAGAAACUGAACGAGAAAAUGAUCAUUCGUUUUUUCCUAUUUCAGCAUGGUGCAGCUUUGCUCAUUGACGAAGUUCAAACCGGCGGAGGACCAACGGGAAAGAUGUGGUGCCACGAGCAUUUCAAUCUCGAGACGCCUCCGGAUGUCGUAACGUUCAGCAAAAAAAUGCAAUUGGGCGGUUAUUACCACACACCGGAGCUCAAACCGAAACAAUCGUACCGCGUUUUCAACACUUGGAUGGGUGAUCCAACUAAACUCGUUCUUCUCGAAGCCAUCCUCGAUGUCAUACAACGCGACAAUUUGCUUGAAAAUGUAGCUCAAGUCGGUGAUUACAUGCUCAACGAAUUGAAGAAAAUUGAGAAGGAAAAUUCCAGUCUCGUCAAUUCGUCCAGAGGUCGCGGUACUUUUAUCGCUUUCAAUUGCACGUCCCCUGAACUCCGAGACAAAGUAGUGAAGAAAUUGCUUACAAAAGGUAUUCAAGCCGGUGGCUGCGGUCCCGAGGCAGUUCGUCUGAGGCCGGCUCUCACAUUUAAGAAGCAACACGCCGAUAUAUUUUUGGACGCUCUACGGAGAGUUCUCAAAGAAUAACCCAAGGACGUGCGAUAAAUUCCACCUCCACUGUCGUAAAAUCCAUGUCUUCCAAAAUUUUAAAUCGUGAUGAUGCGGAAAAAGAAAAUCUACGAACAAACUAAAAAUAGUCUUUCAAAAGCAAAGAAACCAACGAUGUCUUCCAAAAUGUCUGUGAAUUCCGAAUUUCAAUGUCGCAGUUUGUUGUCUUCAGUGCGUGUAAACAAAAAUAGUUUCUGCAAAUAUAAUUUCGUAUACUAAUCGAGUGAAA